AUGGAGUCACAAAAACAAUUUCAUAAUUGGAUUAUAAAAGAACCACUUGGUAGUGGAACGUAUGGGAAUGUAUUUCGUUGUUUGAAUACAAAAACAAAUAAGAGUGCUGCAAUAAAAAUUGUUAAUGAAGAAAGUAGUGCAUUAAAUGAAACUACUAUUAUUAAAAAAUUACAAGGAAAUAAAAGUAUUAUUCAAUUUUUUGAAUGUGGAUAUGAAUUGUAUGGAUAUUGUUUAGUAUUUGAAUUACAUAUAAUGAAUCUUAACCAACUUAGAUUAAAUCAACCAACACUAAGAUUUUCUGUACAAACAUCUUUUAGACUAUUAUAUAAAAUGAUAAAAAUUCUUGAAUAUAUCCAUUCAAAACAAAUACUUCAUUGUGAUAUAAAACCUGAUAACUUUAUGAUAUCUCAAGAUGGAGAUAUAAUUUUGAUUGAUUUUGGUUUAUCAGAACAUUAUCAAGAUUUUUCUUUUCAUCAGAAGUUAGGAUUUAAAGGAAGCCUUAAAUUUGCUUCUCCAAAUCAACAUUUAGGAAAGAAGUCUAUUCCAAUUGAUGAUAUAAUUCCUUUAUUUUAUAUUUUUUAUCAAAACAUUACAGGAAUAUUACCAUGGGAUACUAUUUCAAAUCCACAUGAAAUUUAUCAAUUAAAAAUAAAGUUUAAAUCCUUUUCUUUAUUUAGUCAUUCUUUAAUUCCAUUAUCACUUGCAUUAUUAUUUGAAUCAUCUAUUUGUAAUUCAAAAUCAGUUAAUUAUCAAUUAAUCUUAGAUACACUUUCUAAGUUAUUUAAUUCUCAAUCAAUACCUUUAUCUCCAUUAUUUGAACCAAGUGAAUAUGAUGAAAAGAAAUUUCCUUCUUUAAAAGAUGAUAAUUAUAAAAAAGAUACAAUUCUUGAAAAUAAUAUUGAUAAACAAGAACAAUAUUAUUCUUCUCAAGUUACUUCACAAGAAUUAUCACAAGAUUUCUUUACAAAUAUUAAAUCUACAGUAUCUAAAAUAAACCCAUUCUCUUUUAUUAUGUCAAGAACUAAAUAA